AUAUUGAUCCAUCAACUAUUUACUGAAAAAACUAGAGAACACAUCCUGAAAAGAUCUCUUUCAAAAAUUAAGAAGAAUCUAAUCAAAUAUGUCAAGUUCAUAACAAUAUGGGUUUCCAAGAAUACUUCAUACUUUAUAUUCACUUAAGAUCCUACAGCCAAAGUAUUCAAAAGUGCUGUUGUAUAUACUGUAACUUCCCAUGUCCAGGCUGUAAUGCUGAUUACAAAGUGACUGAAAAACUGAAUGCUGCUUUAUUUCCAGAUUAAGGGAGAUGGUAUUUAUUAGCUUUUGUAACACCUCUGCCUGAUGAUAGCUUAGUGAUGGGUUUGCUUUUUUAGGUUUUAGGUGGAACUAAUAACAUUAAAGAUGGCUCAGGUCCAUUGAAGUGUCAUAGUAAGCCACGCCAGUGAGCCAGCAUGCACAAUACCAGAACCCUGAAACUGUCAAAACUGGAAUACUGCUAUAGUCAGUGUUAUUAAUCACACCUGUACAUUUCCUGCAAUGACAAAUUCUGAUCUCUGCAAUGAAAAAGGUCUAUCAGAGCUUUAAUAAAAGCAGCUGCACCAAAAAGGUUGAUUCAAGGGUGGAUUACCACCCAGGGGCCUGUGACUGUAACGCCUCUGCAUUAACUAACCAAAAGCGAGGCCUCUGGUGGUUACAGGUGCUUGAGCACAGGGAUGAAUAUCAAAAAUAUAAGAUGAGUAGGUACAUAGUUCACUAGAAUGUGAGAGAUAAAGGAUUGUACCAAUGUAAAAUAAGUAGCAAAUGUUUUCGUCUACCAGAUGCUAUAGAGAACAAGCUAAUUUUACAACGUAACAACUGUUUAAAGCGACACAGGCUGACUGAAAAGACCCGACUGUCUCAUGUUCAAAAUACCAUUUUCAUUAAAACUGUCAGCUUGACUUUUGUAUAGCAGUGUGCACACAGGAAGGAUACAUUUAUAAUACAAACUAUAUUUUUGAUUUUGGUUAUGCUUAGCCCCACCAGCCACACCCAGCCGGUAAUGACUAUUUCAAGCUCAACUCUAUUCCGUGACACAGUUCAAUUUGAUAGCAAGUGUACCGGUUAAUGCAACUGUCUCUUCUUGGAAUCACUGAUUUAUGUUCAUGAUAGUGGGCACACACUCCACUAUGUUGCUAUGUAGAGAGCCAUCACUUCAGUUUGUUGUAGGACAAAUAUAUCCAGUGAUCCAUUAGGCAACACUUUGCUAAAUCCAUGGCAAUAAAAUCCUGCAGUUCAGACAUAAAAGAGCAAUUCUUUCUCUUUAACAUUUACGAAAAUGUAGUUAAUCAGUGAUCAUCACAAUGGCCUAGAUUCCCACACAUAUCCCAAAUGGCCAGAUUGACAUCCGUUGUUAAAAGCACACGAUGGUUAUCAAAGAUAAUACACACCAUUUACACAGGAAUCACCUGAGGAAGACUUGGGAAAGUGUGUGACAUCACUGGAUAUGCUACAUAAAAGGGUUGAUCGGGACAGACGUUUUCUGAGAAGAACCAACAUGAGAUCCUUACCCCUGCUUGUGAUGCUGCUGUGCAUGUUGUGUGUAGCACAGGUUCAGACACAGGAUAGCACAAACACACUGAGGCUGUGUGGCCGGGCGUUUCUGCGGGCAGUGGUGUACACCUGUGGAGGAUCCAGGUGGAGAAGACUGAUGGGAGAAGAGGAGACUUUGCAAAACAGUAGCAGGGAGCCAAAACUGAAGAUGACAGAUGUGCCAGCGAUAGACCGUCAUUGGCGGGACCAAAACCAGGCAAUAAUAUCAGUGUGCUGUCAACUCGGCUGUCGAAGGAGUGACCUCUCCAUGCUCUGCUAGAGGGGAACAUCCCAAGAGGGUCAUCAUCAAUCUGCCACAGUGAUUCAUUAGUUUAAAACAUAAUCUUCAGAACUUAGGAUAAUGUGAUUUCAUUUUCCAUGCUUGCAAAAAUAAAAGAAACACCAGGA